UUCGACAUCAGUGCGAUGGAGAGGAGCGAGCAGAUGCUGAAAGCCGAGUUCAGGGUCUUCAAGCUGAAGAGGACACAUGUGCCUAGAAGGUCUGACGUGAAACAUUUUUGCAAAGUGGAAGUCUAUGAGCUCUUGGAGGGUGGAAGUCAGACACAAAAAAAACAUCUCAUUGCAUCAAGAUUAUUAUCCCUGUACACAGAAGGCUGGGAAGCAUUCAACGUCACACAGACAGUUUCCAAGUGGGUUGGAAACAGCAGCUCCAACCAUGGCUUUUUGAUAACUACAACACGUGUAUUCAACAAUAGAAUUGAGCACGACCUGGUUAAGUUUGCCAAGAGCCAGGGCCCUUCACAGGAGAGCAGAAAUGCUCUCCUGGUCCUCUUCACCAACAGUAACAAACGGAGGUCUUCCAGUUUUGUACCCUCUUCCACAAGGAUGAACCCUGCCAAAAAUGAUGCUUCCCAUGUGCCUCAUGAAACUCAGGUCAUCAAAAGCAGCAAUACAGGCACAAGCAGGAGACCUCGAGCUGCUGCAGUCCCUUCUGCCAAAAGCCAAGUAGCAGCAUGUCACCGAAGGGAACUCUACGUUGACUUCCGUGCUAUUGGCUGGUCAGGAUGGAUUAUUUAUCCCAGUGGGUACAAUGCAUUUUACUGCAGAGGAUCCUGUCUCUUCCCCUUGGGGGAAAAUCUAAAUGCAACAAACCAUGCUACAGUUCAGUCCAUAGUCCAUACACUUAAACUGUCUCAAGAUGUCAGCACGCCUUGCUGUGUGCCAGAUGAAUUGAAGUCCCUCAAUCUUCUCUACUUUGAUGACAAAGAGAACGUGGUCCUUAAAAAUUACAAAGACAUGGUGGCAACAAGGUGUGGUUGUCAUUAG